AUGCGCUUCAGAAACAAGUGCGUAAAUCAUUUAUUGGUGGCCUUAUCUUACUUUAUCUCAUUCUUCUUCUUCUUUUUCUUCUUCUUUUUCUUAUUCUACUCAUUUUUAUUCUCCUCCUCCUCCUGCUCCUCCUCGUCCUCCUCGUCCUCCUCCUCCUCCUCCUCCUCCUCCUCCUCCUCCUCCUCCUCCUCCCCCUACUCCCCCUUCUUCUUCUUCUUCCCCUUUUUCUUCUUCGUCUUCUUCUUCUUCUUUCUUUUCUUCUUCUUCUUCUUCUUCUUCUUCUUCUUCUUCCUCUUCUUCUUUUCCCUCCUCCUUCUUCUGCCUCUUCUUCUUCAUCUUCUUUUCUUCUUCUUUUUCUUCUUAUUCUUCUUCUUCUUCGUCUUAUUCUUCUCAUUUUCAUCAUCAUCAUUAUCUUCCUCUUCUGCUAGGUCUCCGUCUCGUCCUCGUCCCUCUCCACAGAAAAUUGCAAUGGCAAUUAAAGUAUACGGUCCGCUAGAAUUAUUCGAUCGGCGUGGAGCACUGCCUAGCCCUUAA